AUGGGGUCAACAGCAGCAUCAUCAUCAUCGUCAACAUCUAUAUCAUCAACCACAACAACAACCACACCAUCAUCGACAUCGACAUCAACAACAUCAGCAAUAACAACAACCACAACAACAACAUUAACAGCAACACUAUCAUCGACAUCAACAACAACAACAACGACAUCAUCAUCGACAUCAACAUCAACAUCAACAACCAUAACAUCAACAACAACAUUAACAACAACACAAUCAUCUACAUCAACAACAACAACAUCAUCGACAUCAACAUCAACAACAACAACAUCAUCGACAUCAACAUCAACAUCUAUAUCAACAACAACAACAACAGUAUGUUCUCAACCGACCUGGUCACAAACUGCAACUACUAUAUUUGGCAGCCAAGCAGGUACAUCUGGCUCUGACCUUAUAAGUCUUUCCACUCCAGUUGGAAUGUAUUAUGACGGACCUAACAAUAUGUUAACCGUUGUGGAUGAUGGCAAUCAACGUGUUCUACGAUUUUCUAUCAAUAAUUCAUCUUCAGUUGCAACCGUAAUUGCUGGAAGUAAUGGUCUAGGUUGCAACAUGAAUCAGUUCUAUUGGCCUAAUGGAAUAGGUGUUGAUAGCUCUGGUCGAUUGUAUGUAGCAGAUUAUUAUUGCAAUCAGGUCGUUAGAUUUCCAUCAAAUUCAAAUUCAACGACAUCCGGAACACUUCUCGGUUCUGUAACGGUAGCAGCAUUCAUAUCCAUAAAUCAGUUGACUAAUGAUAUCUAUGUAGUUAGCUAUAGUGAUAAUGCGAUUUACGAAUUUGUUGGAGGUAAUGGAUCAGCGGUGGUUGCUGCAGGUGGUAAUGGUAAUGGAAAUGCUUUAAAUCAGCUAUCAGGUCCAAAUGGUGUUUACUAUGAUUAUUUAUAUACAAGUUCUUUAUAUGUUACCGAUAAUGGAAAUUAUCGUGUCAUGAAAUACCCAUCAGGUUCAACGAGUGCAACCUAUGGAACAGUUGUUGCUGGAGGUAACUCAGUUGGAAGUGCAGCGAAUCAGUUGAAUAAUCCAAGAUCUGUAUUGAUAGAUAGUAGUGGAGCUCUCUAUAUAGCUGAUGGAAGUAACAAUCGUAUUCAACGUUGGCUGCAAAAUGCAAGUAGUGGCACUACAGUCGUUGGUGGGACGCAAGGAACAGCAACGAAUCAACUUAAUUGGCCUGAAACAGUUCUCUUUGAUAAAUAUGAUAACCUAUUGGUUGUUGAUAGAGGAAAUAAUCGAAUACAACUUUUUAAUUUAACAACUUGCUAG